AUGGGGAAAGUGGAAUAUGAUGUAAUCUUGAAUGAUGCCAUUAUUGCAAUAUUCAAGCCAGGCCACGUGCACCGAAAAUGGAGUUGUGAAAUGUGGUGGAAAGGGGUUUUUGGUGAGUUGAUGGACUUGGAAAGCGUCGAGUGCGUGUCAUCCUCGGAUGGCAUGGAUGAGGAUGAGAUCCACACCAAUCAUCAUCAUUCUGAGUUUUCUUCCACAAAGCCUCGCAAUGGAGGCACCAAUAACGUUAAUUCUGUGGGCCCCACCGCCCUUGCUCCGGCAACCAGCGUCCAUGAGUUGCUGGAAUGUCCUGUGUGUACUAAUUCAAUGUACCCACCUAUUCACCAGUGUCACAACGGUCACACACUGUGUUCCACGUGUAAAACAAGGGUGCAUAACCGAUGUCCCACUUGUAGACAAGAGCUUGGAGAUAUUAGGUGUCUGGCACUGGAAAAGGUGGCUGAAUCACUUGAACUACCUUGCAAGUACUUCUCCCUUGGGUGUCCAGAAAUCUUUCCAUACUACAGCAAGCUUAAGCAUGAGACAGUGUGUAACUAUAGACCAUAUACUUGCCCUUAUGCUGGAUCGGAGUGUUCUGUUGUCGGGGAUAUUCCCUUCCUUGUUGCUCAUCUAAGGGACGAUCAUAAAGUGGACAUGCACACAGGUUGCACAUUCAACCAUCGUUAUGUGAAGUCAAAUCCGCGUGAAGUAGAGAAUGCAACCUGGAUGCUCACAGUAUUUCAUUGUUUUGGCCAAUAUUUCUGCCUUCAUUUUGAAGCGUUCCAACUGGGCAUGGCACCUGUUUACAUGGCAUUCCUUCGUUUUAUGGGCGAUGAGAAUGAGGCUCGGAAUUAUAGCUACAGCCUAGAGGUUGGAGCCAAUGGUAGGAAACUCAUUUGGGAGGGUACACCACGGAGUGUUCGAGAUAGCCACCGUAAAGUUAGGGAUAGCCAUGAUGGGCUCAUUAUUCAAAGAAAUAUGGCCCUAUUUUUCUCUGGUGGGGACAGAAAGGAGCUGAAACUCAGAGUUACUGGAAGAAUAUGGAAAGAACAACAGAAUUCGGAUGCCGGUUUAGUUCCAAUGGCUGAUCUUGUUGCUCCAGUACAGGGGGUUUCAACCUUAAAGAAGGCAUAG